AUGACACGUCAGCAUUACCACCAAAGAUUGAAGGCCAUACUUCAAUGGGGGGUUAAUAUUGGGAUGAAUUUUGUAGCAGUUAGAUCAGAAUCUUCGAUUAUUCACGCAUUCCCAUUUAAUUCGGAGAAAAAACGAGGCGAUGUUGCUGUAAAACGGCCUGAUUCUGAAGUUCAUGUACACUGGAAAGGGCAGUUGAAAUUGUGUUAG